UGGAAAAAAAAAUCUGAAACGCAACUUUGGUGGUAUUGUGAAUUCUAGCGUUUUCUCUCAUCGCAUCUUCUUCUAUUUCUUCAUCUUUGACCCCAAAACUUUGCAAAUCUGCUUCAGGUUUAAUUAACUUUUGAUGUUGUCAAUCCCGUUGGAAUCAGCUUGGAAGCUUUCUGGGAAGUUCUAUGUUUGAAGUUCAUAGCACCAACAGCUUCUUAGUGUAGGGGAUGUUUUGUUAACUCUGAAAAGUUGCCCUCCUUGUAAGCAAAACAUAUAGCCUAGGCAUUGGCAAAUCGCUCAGUUCUUGGAGAAUUUCUUCGGAAUUUAGAAACUUGUUCACUACAAACAUUGAAUGAUAAGGAUACACGACAGGCAUGGAGUGCAACAAGGACGAGGCGGCAAGGGCAAAAGAUAUUGCAGAGAUGAAGUUCAAAAUGAAAGACAUUGCUGGGGCAAAGAAGUUUGCUUUGAAAGCUCAGAGUCUGUAUCCAGAGAUAGAAGGUAUUUCUCAGAUGUUAGCAACUUUGGAUGUGUAUAUCGCUGCAGAUAACAAAGUAAAAGAGGAUGUAGACUGGUAUGGAAUACUCAAUGCAAGUCCGCACGAUAAUUAUGAAACGUUGAAGACAAAGUACAGGAAGCUUGCUCUAAUGAUUCACCCCGAUAAAAACAAUUCUGUUGGAGCUGAAGGAGCAUUCAAGCAUGUUUCUGAAGCUUGGAAAUUCUUGUCAGACAAGGAUCAGAGAGCAGCUUAUGAUCGUAGGAGAAGUUUGCACUCAGUUUAUCAGAAGGUCUCAGUUUCAGCUUCUAAUAAUGGUUUCUGCAAUUUUGCAAAGACUACUUUCACUACAAAUGCGAGGACGCCGGCCCAGAAGAGCAAUCCGCCAGCCCAGAAGAGCAAUCCGCCAACCCAGAAGAAAAAUCCGCAAAAGCCAGUUGGUGAUACACAGAAAACAGGACGGACUGAUCAUCAGACAACAAAACCGAGCUCAUUUACUGCAUCUGGGUCAUCAGACCAAUCAAAGCCAGAUACUUUUUGGACAGUCUGCAGGAGAUGCAUGAUGCAGUACGAGUAUCUAAGAGUUUAUGUCAACUGUAGCCUUCGGUGUCCUAAUUGUCUACAAUCGUAUUUGGCAGUAGAAGUCCCUAAACCAGGUAUAUCAAGCCGUUGGAGUAGUUUCAGCCGUCUAAAGCGAAACCUGGAUCCAAAGUCAGCUGCAAACCACAAUACUACUUCAGGUUCGUUUAAUAACUCCAAGUGGACUUUUUCAAGAACCAGCAAUGCAGCUCAUGCUGCAAGUUUGGUUCAACAGGCUUAUGAGAAGGUAAAGAAAGAACGCGAGCAAGCGAAAGCAACUGCGAGAAGAGAAAAGAAGAAUGCCAAAAGGAAGAGCACAACUGAUUCUUCUGCUUCUGGUAGUUCGGUUAAAAAGAGGAAAGUGCGUGGAGAAACUGAUAUCUGUUGCUCUAGUGGAAGAAAUGUCACUUACCAUGUGACUAGUGAAACCGGAAACAACAUGGGGAAGUUAGAACAUGGAACGAAAGAGAGAGAGGAGAAGUUGCCUCCUAGAAGAACCCAGAGAAAGACUGGCAAGGUGGAUGUAACAAGAGAAGUAAAGCCCUGUUAGCAUUCUGACUUGGUUGAGGGAGGUUUGAUUAUGCAGGCAUAAUUGUGUGAUUGAUGGAUUCUCCACUCUCCAGGCUAUAUAACCAGUCAGUAGGAUGUAUUUUGUAAGUUGGUGUCAUUCGUUAAUCUUUUGGUUCUAACAUUGUAGAGAGGGAUGAUGAGUCUUUUUGGGCAGAGGUCACAAACUGCUUUCCAGAAAUUUUAUAACAGACUCAGUGUUGUGUCAA